AUGGGAGAAUCUGUUUCUGCUCGGAAUGGCCUUUCUCACGACUCUCCCGAGGCCACGGCAGACCUGGAUGAGCCCCCAUCAGGUUUACGACCGUUCACAAUCCCCCAUUGCAUCGAUGCCAUUGACGUGGCCCGAGUCCUCGACACUCACCCCAAGAAUGGACUCACCCACAACGAGGCUCUUGCUCGCCUCGAGCGAGAUGGACCUAACAAGGUCGAGGCCGCUAAGGGCACAUCGGCCUGGCAAAUAUUCCUAAGACAAGUUUCGAAUAGUUUGACUGUUGUUCUUGUACUUGUCAUGGUACUUUCGUUCUGUAUUGAUGAUUAUAUCGAAGGCAGCGUUGUCGCCGCCGUUAUUCUCUUCAACAUUGUCGUCGGCUUCCACCAAGAUUACACGGCCGAGAGCCAGAUGCAGCAAUUGCUGAGCCUGGCCUCGCCAACUUGCCGCGUAAUCCGUGAAGGCCAAGUACAAGAAGUGAAGAGUGAAGUCAUCGUAGUUGGCGAUUUGAUUUGCAUCUCAGUCGGAGACAUCGUCGCCGCCGAUGCACGCCUCUUGGAUGGGAUCAAUCUUUCCGCCGAGGAAGCCAAUCUCACUGGCGAAUCCGUCCCAAUAAGCAAGCACGCUGAAAAGGUGCUUGAUGCGGAAGAUAUCCCCCUCGGCGAUCGCAUCAACAUGAUUUACGCCACCACCGCCAUCACCCGCGGUCGCGGUACUGCUAUCGUUACGAGCAUCGGAAUGGAUACCGAGGUCGGAAAGAUCGCAGCUAUGCUGCGGACCAAGAAGACCGUCGACGCCGAUACUCCAUUUUCCCAGCGAGCCGCUAUCUGGCUCAAGAGCAGGGUCCGAACCGUCCUCGGUUUCGACGGCACUCCCCUUCAGACCAAGCUGAGCAUUUUCGCUCUUAUGCUCUUCGCCUUUGCUAUUCUCCUGGUUCUCAUUGUUUUCGCCACCGCCAAGUUCGAUGUGCAGGGCCAGACCCUGCUUUACGGCAUUUGUGUUGGUGUUGCGGUGAUUCCAGAAUCUCUGAUUGCUGUGCUUACCCUCACCUUUACCGUUGCCGCCCGUGCCAUGAGUCGGGGCAAUGUCAUUGUCCGCAACAAGGCUGCUCUGCAAGCUGUUGGUGGCGUGACGAAUAUCUGCUCCGAUAAGACUGGUACAUUGACCCAGGGUAGGAUGGUUAUGCGCAAGGUUUGGCUCCCCGACGAUACGCAGGUCUUGGUCAAGGACACGACCGACCCAUUUGACCCAUUCAGUGGCAAGGUCAGCUGGAUGACUGGCAGUGGCAACUCGAGCUCCAGGUCUACUCCUACCAUUGAGAAGUCUCCUGAGCUGCCCGGCUCGUCCGCCUUCAAUGCCUUCCUAGAUGUCAUUGCCCUUUGCAACAACGCAACCGUCUCCGAUGGCAAAAAUGCCGCCGAUGACAGCGCUUCCGUGACAACGGCAACGCUGCCCACGUCUUGGGUUGCCGUGGGUGAGCCUACGGAAAUCGCCCUUCAAGUUUUUGCUACUCGAUUCGGUCGUGGUAAGCCCGAGCUGCUCCACAGCAGAGUCGGGCGAUUGAUCACCGAGUUCCCAUUCGACUCUUCGUGCAAGCGAAUGAGUGUCAUUUACGAGCACCCAUCCAAUGGCCGACGUAUGUACGCCAAGGGUGCUCCCGAAGCCAUCCUGCCACUUCUUUCGGAAACGGAAGAUGUCAAGGCUCUCGUCGCCGCAAAGGCUGAUGAGCUGGCCUCGGAGGGAUACCGAGUCCUCUGCGUCGCGCAUAAGUCGAUCGAAGUCAGUGAUUCUGUCGACGAGAGAGCGGACGCCGAGCGAAACCUCGAGUUGCUCGGCCUUGCUGGACUCUACGAUCCCCCCCGACUCGAGACCGCCGGUGCUGUCAAGCAGUGCAAGACAGCUGGCGUUUCGGUUCACAUGGUAACUGGUGACCACAUCAAGACGGCUACGUCUAUAGCUUAUGAAGUAGGCAUCCUUUCGCAGGAUCUACCUCCGGCUGAAGUGAAAUCUCUCGUUAUGCAAGCUUCUGAAUUCGAUAAACUCAGCGAUGCGGAUAUCGAUGCCAUGAAGUCGCUUCCACUGGUAAUUGCCCGAUGCAGCCCCAUGACAAAGGUUAGAAUGAUUGAAGCCAUGCGCCGACGCAAGGCUUUCUGUGUCAUGACGGGCGACGGUGUCAACGACUCUCCUGCCCUCAAGCAAGCUGAUAUUGGUAUUGCAAUGGGUCUUCGGGGAAGCGAUGUUGCCAAGGAAGCUGCCGACAUGGUUCUCACGGAUGAUAACUUUGCCUCCAUCGUCACAGCGAUCAAGGAGGGACGAAGGCUUUUCGACAACGUCCAGAAGUUCCUGCUCCAUCUUUUAAUCUCCAACAUUGCCCAAGUCAUUCUUCUUCUCAUCGGUCUCUCAUUCAAGGAUAAGUCUGGAGAAUCUGUUUUCCCGCUUUCACCGCUUGAGAUCCUCUGGGCCAAUCUUAUCACUUCAUCCUUCCUUGCCGUUGGUCUUGGUAUGGAACAAGCUCAGCCUGAUUUACUCGAGCGGCCACCAUCCCACAGCCGCGGCGGGGUCUUUACGGUUGACCUAAUCCGCGACAAGAUGAUUUACGGUUUCUACAUGGGUGCUCUCUGCUUGGCUGCGUUUACCUCGGUUGCUUACGGCGUGGCGGGUCCUGAUCAUCUCGGCCAUGGCUGUAACGAUGGAUACAACGACAGCUGUAAGGUUGUCUUCCGCGCCCGCUCGACGACCUAUGCAACGCUGAGCUUCCUCCUUCUGGUCACCGCCUGGGAGGCCAAGCACUUUACUCGCAGCUUGUUCGCCAUGAAUCCGGAGCUUUGGAGCGGUCCUACAUCGUUCUUCAAGACCGUCUGGAUGAACCGAACUCUGUUCUGGGCCGUCGUCGCCGGCUUCCUCACCACAUUUCCCGUCAUUUACAUCCCCGUCGUCAACAGACUGGUCUUCAAGCACGAUAUGAUUACCUGGGAGUGGGGUAUCGUUGUGGCCUGCUUGGUCACGUACCUCGCGCUCGUGGAGGUUUGGAAGGCAACCAAGCGAAGACUUGGCCUCGGAGUCCCUGAUCGUGCGACCUCUGUUGCCACUCCUCAGGUUUAA